UUUUUUGGUGGAACCCCUGUAGCUUUCGCGGUACAUCACUGUAUUAGGGCUACGGACCUUCAUGGCAUGGCAACUUUUGAGCAUUGCAUCAUUGAUCCGGUUCAUGCAUGUACUACAUACCUUGGGACGACGUCCUGACAACCCCCCCAAGGUUGAUUGCCUCCACUUUCGCCGGCAGGUGACCUCCGGGCUCUUGAUAAAAGAGUUGGUACAAAUAAUGGUAAAGACAUAUGUACUUCGAGGUCGUUCUUCCAACACGCUCUCAUAUCAAAGAUUGGACUUGUAUUCUGGAUACAGGAACAUCGAAACUGGGGAAACAAUGAGGGAGUUGUGCCAAUUGACAUCACACUAAGUGGUUUCGGUAUCCCCCCAAGCAGGGUCUUGUUUAGCCCUAGGACUUCCCCAACACUUUCCCAAACUGGGGAGCAAUGGUGUGAUC